GGGAAGAGAGUGGUGUGUCCGGUGACAGAGAGACUGAAGGGAUAGAGAGGGAAUGGAUAAUGGUGGGAACGUAUUGUCUCUCUCCACUCCGCACUUCCCUUACUCCGCCGCCAUACUCCGCCGCAACCACCGUCACUCCGCCUCCGUCUCUUUCUCCCUUAUUCCCACGCCGCCGCAACCGCCCGAACCCAAUCGACCCUCCGAUCUCCGCCGCCCGGAAAAAUCCCUCAGCUCUUCCUCCCCUUCCCCUAAAAUCUCUCUCAAUCCCCUCAAAGAUUUCACCGCUUCCCCUGUCGUGCCUACUCCGUUUCAACCGGGGUCCACCGGCUUGACCGUCGCCGGGACUGGUGCCGCCGGUAAGGGUUCUUCUUCCUUAUCUCUCGCCUCCAAGCUCCGUUUGUCCAGCAAGCUCUCUCCUCCUCCACCGCCGAUGGAGGAAACCCAACUCCGAAAUGACCCUCCGAGGAAUCCGAAACCCAUGGAAGUCGAGACCCGGGAUCGGGAACAGGAGUUCCGACAAGAAGGGAAGAUAUUUAUCGGGAACUUACCGACAUGGAUAAAGAAACACGAGUUCGCGGAGUUCUUCCGACAGUUCGGGCCGAUAGAGAACGCGAUUCUCAUCAAAAGGCACCACGAGACCGAGAGGAACGCCGGGUUCGGGUUCAUAAUCUACGGUGGAGAGACGGCGGCGAAAUCUGCGAUGAAGGCAGUGGAGUUUGAUGGCGUGGAGUUUCACGGAAGGGUGUUGACGGUGAAGUUAGAUGACGGGAAGAGGUUGAAGACGAAGACCGAGGAGAGGGCGAGGUGGGUCAAUGGCUACGUCGACGGAGAGGAAGACGUGAAAAUGUCGCAUAAGUCAAGCUGGCAUCAGGAGAGGGAAGGGUCUCGAAGAACAUUCAAGAAGAUCAUAGAGACAAAUCCAGACAACUGGCAAGCUGUUGUGUCAGCUUUCGAGAAGAUCGACAAGCCUUCAAGAAAAGAGUUUGGUCUGAUGGUGAAGUUUUACGCAAGAAGAGGGGAUAUGCAUCGAGCUCGUGAAACUUUCGAGAGGAUGCGUUCAAGAGGGAUAGAGCCGACAUCACAUGUCUACACAAGCCUUAUUCACGCGUAUGCAGUCGGUAGAGACAUGGAAGAAGCACUGUCCUGUGUUCGUAAAAUGAAGGAAGAAGAAAUCGAGAUGAGUUUGGUGACUUAUAACAUUCUUGUCAAAGGAUUCGCCAAAGUGGGUAAACCCGAAGAUGCAGACCACUGGUUUGAUGAGGCGAAAGAACGGCACAACAAAACACUAAAUGCCAGCAUAUAUGGAAGUAUCAUAUAUGCACAUUGUCAGGCAUGCAACAUGGAGAGGGCGGAAGAAUUGGUAAGAGAGAUGGAGGAACAAGGAAUCGAUGCUCCAAUCGACAUUUACCACAGUAUGAUGGAUGGAUAUACGAUGAUUUCCGAUGAGAACAAAUGCUUGAUCGUCUUCCAAAGACUAAAGGAAUGUGGAUUUACACCAACAGUUAUCAGUUAUGGCUGCCUCAUUAAUCUUUAUAUUAAGGUCGGUAAGAUUCCCAAAGCGUUGGAGAUUAGCAGAACGAUGAAGUCAUCUGGAAUAAACCACAACUUGAAGACCUAUUCCAUGAUGAUAAAUGGAUUUGUUAAGCUAAAAGAUUGGGCCAAUGCUUUCACCGUUUUCGAAGAUAUGAUAAAAGACGGUCUAAAACCGGACGUUGUUCUGUACAACAAUAUCAUCGGGGCAUUCUGCGGAAUGGGUAACCCGGGCCGAGCAGUUCAAACUGUCAAGGAAAUGCAGAAGAUGAGACAUAGACCGACCACACGAACGUUUUUGCCAAUCAUACUUGGUUUUGCAAAAGCCGGGGAAAUGAGAAGAGCUCUCGAAGUUUUCGAUAUGAUGAGACGGUGUGGAUGCAUCCCGACCGUUCACACCUUUAACGCGUUGAUUGUUGGUCUGGUUGAGAAACGCCAGAUGGAAAAGGUGGUCGAGGUAUUGGAUGAGAUGAUACUGGCAGGUAUAAGUCCGAACAAACACACUUAUACAAACAUCAUGCAAGGCUACGCAUCUCUUGGUGAUACCGGAAAAGCUUUCGAGUAUUUCACGAGACUACGAAACGACGGUUUGGAGAUUGAUGUUUUCACAUACGCGGAAUUGCUGAAGGCUUGCUGCAAGUCGGGACGGAUGCAGAGUGCCUUAGCCGUCACAAAGGAGAUGAACGCUCGGAAUAUUCCACGCAAUACCUUCGUCUAUAACAUAUUAAUCGACGGAUGGGCAAGAAGAGGUGAUGUCUGGGAGGCGGCCGAUUUGAUGCAGCAGAUGAAGAGAGAAGAGGUUCAACCCGAUAUUCGUACUUACACUUCCUUCAUUAGCGCAUGUUGCAAGGCUGGCGACAUGUCUAGAGCAAUGAAAACAAUCCAAGACAUGAAAGCUGUCGGAGUAGAACCUAACAUCAAGACAUACACAACCCUAAUACAGGGAUGGGCACGAGCUUCUCUCCCUGAAAAAGCAUUGAGAUGCUACGAGGAGAUGAAAAUGGCGGGACUGAAACCCGAUAAAGCCGUGUACCAUUGCCUAAUGACCUCAUUACUAUCUCGGGCAUCUAUGGCGGAAGCGUAUAUAUACGAAGGAGUGAUGUCGAUAUGCAGGGAAAUGGUGGAUGCAGGUUUGAUAGUCGACAUGGGGACUGCAGUUCACUGGUCGAAGUGUCUGAACAAGAUUGAGAGAUCAGGCGGUGAGCUAACUGAGAUUAUGCAGAAAACUUUCCCACCCGAUUGGAAUUCGCAUCAUCACAGCCUCGAUCCCGAAUCUGGCGAUGAAAUGGAUGAUGCUGAUGAUGGUGGUGAUGCGCAUUGCAGGGGGGAUGAGAGUUACAGUGGUGAAGAUGAUGAUGACUCGGUUUCGUACUCGGGUUUCUUGUCGGACAUGUAGGAGACGAUGACUUCGUAUCAUAUCCGAGUUUCUUGUAAUACAAGUAAGAGUCGGUUCUGUUACUUAGCAUGUAAAGCAGCUAAAGUGUCUUAUUCCUAUUUAAAUUUAUGAAACAUACAUUGUACAAUUACAUUAUAAUUUUGUUCGAACUCAUAUAAUUACAAUCUAAA